GGUUAUCUCCCUUUACCGGCAUAGAUGACGCUGAAGUGAAAUACGCCGCGGAAACGUACAUGCUCCAAAUGUGAAUGUUUGAUAAUUUGGGUCACUACCCAAACUAAUUUUUGUUAAUCUGUUACAUCCAUAGAAGCAAGAUGGUUGCGAAAAGCAGCAAAAUGCUUCAGCACAUAAACUACCGUAUGAGGUGCACCCUCCAAGAUGGGCGCAUCUUCAUCGGUACGUUUAAGGCCUUCGACAAGCACAUGAACCUGAUUCUGGGAGAUUGUGAUGAGUUCCGAAAGGUGAAGCCAAAGAGUCAGAAGGCUGGAGAAAGGGAGGAGAAGAGAGUUCUGGGACUGGUACUUCUCCGAGGAGAACACCUUGUGUCCAUGACAGUAGAAGGACCUCCACCAGCAGAGGAAGGCAUUGCUCGAGUGCCCCUGGCUGGUGCAGGUGGUCCUGGUAUGGGACGUGCCGCAGGGCGUGGCGUGAUGGGACCCAGUGGAUCUGGAAGUGGUCCUGGUCUACAGGGCCCAGUGAGGGGUGUCGGUGGUCCCUCUCAACAAAUGAUGACACCGGGUGGUCGUGGAGCAUCCUACUCAGCAGGACCUAGACCAGCUGGUCCCCGAGGACCCCCUCAAGGCCCGAUGAUGGGAGGUCCCCCAAUGAGAGGUCCCCCUGGCAUGGGAGGACGAGGACCCCCAGGACCCGGUAUGCGAGGACCCCCUCCUAUGAUGAGAGGAAUGCCACCAGGUAUGCGACCUCCUCGCCAAUGAGAUCAUCAAUCAACCCAGUGAGAUCAUGUUCAGUGCGGUACAGACUGUCAGUGUGUGCAUGGACACAGUGUGUGACUGAGAGGUGUUGUGUUCAAGAAUGUGGAGUCCACACAUCUCAACAUGAAGGUCAAGACAUUUUAAUCAUGUCAUUUUAACUACCACGAAUCAGAAUAUGAGGGUAAUUGCUCCAGCAUACAGUAUUUCCAAUGUUGCUGAAUAUGGCAGAAGCCCUUACGACACUCCGAUCAUACUCUGCAUCUUCAUCCUUGACACUCCAAGAGGAACCUUCAUCCUUCAUGGUAUGGUAUUGGUGGAUCUCCACCUACAGGCAGGACUAGGGGUCCUCAUGCCAACAAUCAUCGUCUUCUUGAGUUGUAAAUCAUUUUGCCUUUUGUCAUAAAUAAACAGAUGUAAAAUUC